CAGUAAAACCCGGUGCAGCUGACAGCGAUUCCCGCAUGGACUCAAUCAAAUACACCGGCGGCUUUCAUUCUGCAUUUGGACCGUUUGUGGGGGAUAAGUGAUAAAGACUGCAUGUGCUCAUCAUGAUGGGGGUCUGUCAUGCUUCACAUCUGUCUUGAUCUGUAGAUCAGAGGAACUGAGCAAAAGUUCAGACCGAGGAAGUUGAACUGAAGUCCAUGUUAGCCAACAGCGCUAGCUCAGCUCAAACGACACUUAUUUGAUCUUUACAUGCUGUUUAAUUCACUAUAGUGGAUAUGUAAAGGUGUAAAUAGUGUUUAUAGCUACUUGUACUGAGUUUUUGGGUCGCACAGUUUGUUUGUUUACUUAAGUGAGUUUAUUAGCUUGACAUUUGCUAGCUGUUAUUUUGAACUACCUCUUCUGUCAGGGACGAACGUUUGCGUAAUUGUUUACCAUAGCGUGUUUUACGUUAGUUUACGCACAAAAUAUUAACGUCAUCUUGCUCUUUGCCUUUAAUUUGAAUCAUCUAAAGGGUUUGCUCAGAGGUUGCUCUGUCUGUCAUUGCUCGGGAGACAUAAAGGACUUCUCAGUUAUGUCAUUUCAGUGUUAACUUUCUCUCAGAUGUUUCUCUUAAAAUACCUGAGCAGGAACAAAAAUGUAUCGGACCAUUAUUGACCUAUGGAAAUAGUGUAAAGCUGUAAAAUUAAUGUGGAUUGCAUAUCUCAGAUCAUUUGUUCUUGGAAGAAUUUGAGGAACGAUUUAUAUUGAGUUCUGACUAUUCAUAGCAUACUUUUGUUAUCUUUGCAAAUCUGAGAACAGUUUGGGACAUUGUUGAGACCUCUACUGAAACACUAGAGAAGACCUGUGUGGGAUUACUCAGGAGAUUACUCUGCUGUCUCUAUGAAUUGACCAACACGAUAAAAGUUUUGUUUGACAUGGUCAGUUUGCAUAAAUUGUAAUUGAAACUGUUUAAAGGCCUUUUCAAUGAGUUAACAUGAAUACGUGUUAAUAUAGCUGCGUACAUUAGAGAUAUCUACUUUCCAAUAACUUUUAUCAGUAUCAAUAAGCUGCAAUCAAAAUGUCUGUGUACUCAAAAUUGCCCUCCCAGCUCAAGAAACCCCUUGCGAGAAAGACUGUUCUCCUCCUUGUCACUCUAUACGGGGUGAAGAAACUUUACCCUUAUGUAUAUGGCAGGCUUAAAGGAAGGAAUAGUAAACCGGUUAAUGACACUGACCCGAAUAACUCCAAAGGAGAAUCCCAAGAUGUUGCAGAGAGCAGAAAAAAGAAAAACUCUCCAGCUGUGAACCGUGAAUUCUUGGAGAGAUUGAGCCAUCUCUUGAAAAUCCUCUUUCCUCGUUUUCUCUGCAAAGAAAUCUGCCUUCUUGGCUUCCACUCCCUCGCCCUCAUUUCACGCACCUUUCUGUCCAUUUACGUGGCCAACUUGGAUGGGAAAAUUGUGAAAACCAUUGUGAAGAAAGACCCCAUGGCGUUUGUGGUGGAGUUAACUAAGUGGCUGCUCAUUGCCAUUCCAGCCACGUUUGUGAACAGUGUCAUCCGUUACCUGGAAGGUCAGCUCUCCCUUGCCUUCCGCACCAGGCUGGUCACCCAUGCCUACAUGCUAUAUUUCAGUGACCAGACGUACUAUCGUGUCAGCAACAUGGAUGGUAGGUUGUCAAACCCUGACCAGUCCUUGACAGAAGAUAUGGUCAUGUUUGCUGGCUCUGUGGCUCAUCUGUACUCAAACCUAACCAAACCAAUUCUCGACGUGGUGGUCACCUGUUACACGCUCAUAAAAGCUGCUGAGUCCAAAGGUGCCGACACUACAUGGCCCUCCAUAAUAGCUGGCAUCGUGGUGGCACUUACUGCCAAGGUACUGAGAGCAUUCUCACCACGCUUUGGUAAACUGGUGGCUGAGGAGGCCAGGAGGAAAGGGGACCUGAGAUACAUGCAUUCACGUAUUAUCGCCAAUUCAGAAGAGAUCGCCUUCUAUGGGGGACAUAAGAUCGAGAUGCUGCAGCUGCAACGGAGCUACAGCUCGCUGUCCGAGCAAAUUAACCUGAUCCUGUUCAAGAGGUUGUGGUAUGUCAUGCUGGAGCAGUUCCUGAUGAAAUAUCUCUGGAGCGCAUCAGGCCUAGUCAUGGUUGCUGUGCCCAUCAUCACUGCCACCGGAUACUCUAAAUAUGAUUCAGAGGAUGUGAAGCAAGCAGCCUUGGUGAUGAAAGAGGAGGACUUGGUGAGUGAACGCACACAGGCCUUCACCACGGCCCGAAACCUUCUGAACGCUGGAGCUGAUGCAGUGGAGAGAAUCAUGAGCUCCUACAAAGAGGUCACAGAACUGGCUGGAUAUACGGCCCGUGUCUACGAGAUGUUCGAGGUGUUUGAGGAUGUGCGUGUCGGGGUGUACCGCCGCUCCGCUAUUGGGGUGAAUCCGGAGGUGACUGGGGCGGCUCAGGAGGUGCAACAUGGCAUGAGAGUGGAAGGACCGCUCCAGAUCAGAGGUCAAGUGAUUGAUGUGGAACAGGGCAUCAAAUGUGAGAAUCUGCCCAUUAUAACCCCUACUGGUGACGUGGUGGUUUCCUGUCUAAACAUCCAGGUUGAUGAAGGAAUGCAUCUGCUCAUCACAGGACCAAACGGUUGUGGAAAAAGCUCUCUGUUCAGAAUCCUGAGCGGUCUGUGGCCUGUCUACAGCGGAGUUCUCUACAAGCCUUCACCUGAGCACAUGUUUUAUAUACCUCAACGGCCAUACAUGUCGGUAGGAACACUGCGAGAUCAGGUGAUCUAUCCUCACUCUGUUCAAGACAUACAGGAGAAAAAUGUCACUGACCAGCAACUGGAGGACAUCCUUAAAACUGUGAACCUCUGCUACAUCCUGGAGAGAGAGGGAGGAUGGGAUGCAUUGAGUGAUUGGAAGGACGUGUUGUCUGGAGGAGAAAAGCAGAGGAUGGGAAUGGCCAGGAUGUUUUACCACAAACCUAAAUACGCCCUGCUGGAUGAGUGCACUAGUGCUGUGAGUAUUGAUGUGGAGGGCAAAAUCUUUGAAGCAGCGAAGGAUGCUGGGAUUGCGCUUCUCUCUAUUACACAUCGUCCGUCUCUCUGGAAGUACCACUCCCACUUGCUGCAGUUUGACGGCGAGGGUGGCUGGCACUUUGAGAAGCUGGACGCCUCCACACGGCUCUCCCUGCAAGAUGAGAAGCUCCGACUCGAGACCCAGCUCUCAGGAAUUCCAAAGAUGCAACAGCGCCUGGCAGAGCUGUGCCACAUUCUGGGGGAGGACAGCAGCCUGCCGAACCCAGGGGAGGGCCAGGAGAAGGAGAGAAAUGUGAUGUCUGCUGGAAAAGACAAAAAUCUUCUGGACUGAUUUGGAGACAGAUUACAGAUGUGUUCAAGGCCAGUAGUACUCCAGACAGGGUGUGUUUUGAAGGGGGGGGAUGAGACAGCUGCCAACUCGACCAGGUGCGGAUGAUGAUGAAAGCACCUAUGAAAGCUGUUACACUCGCUGGUUAUCGCCGUUCUCUGAAGAAUUCUCUGGAAAUCUGCACAACCCAGGCAAUACGUUUGUGUGUGUAUGUAAGCGUUUGUGUGUCUUUACGGAAAGGGUGAGAGUCAUUUUUGGGCUCUGCUGUUUUGUCAUAUUUUGCUGUUCAGUGAUGGUAUUUUUAAACUUUUAAGGAGUCACCAUGAAUGUUGUGGAUUAAAUUCGUGCCACCUUUUACUAAAUGAUAAUUUGGACAAUGACCAUGUUUGCAUGCACAUGAAUAUUAGAAUUUUAUAAUUUUCAAAUGUUUGUAUCGUGGAAAUGUGUUAAGCCAAUUGCCAACCUGAUUAUUAAUAUUAGUGUUCCUAUUCGUCAAUAUUCUGUUUAAUAGAAGUGUGAAUAAGACUGCUGUAAAGUGCCUGUAUUUAUUGGAAUUCUGUGUCACGUAAACGCCUUAUUCAGAAUAUCCACUGUAUCAGAAUAUUAACUUGUAUCUCUGCAUGUCAAAAUUAAAGUUAUGAUUGCUGCAAGACAGGCAGUUGAGAGAAUUCAAGCUCCCUAAACAACUCUUUGGAGCAAGGAUGGGACAGUUUUUAUUUAUUUUAUAUACAAUAACAGAAAUGACCAUAAAUCAGUAUACAGAUUGACCUACAUUUUGUAUUUGCAUUCUUGUAUGCUAUUGUCAAGGACAUAAGUGAGAAUUAAUCAGAUGACUGUGCAGAAUUACUAAAAAUGAAUUUAACUGUAUUUAGACACAAGUUAUGGAAAGGAAAGAACAUGCCUGUUUUAGUUUAUUUGGAAUAUGUUUCCAAUAGAUUUGAAGCAAGUCAAAGUCAUUUGGAAUGAAAGCUUUACCAAAAUAUGGACAUGUGCAUGUAAAUAUGGUCACCAAUAUAUAUAUAUUUUUUUUUUUAAUUGUGUUUUUUGUGUGUGUGAUAUUGUAAAUGAUCAUUGAAGCACCUUGCAAUGAAACAUUUCCAGUAAAAUUCAGUUUCUCUUGUUUUACUUUUAAAGUGGCCCUAUUUAGCUUUUUGGGAGUUUUACCUUCCCGUUAGUGUGUAAUUUAGCUGUUUGUGCAUAUAAAAUGUCUGCAAAGUUACAAAGCAGAAAAUCCAUACCAAAGGUAGUUAAUUUCUCCCACAGAAAACUCUGCUGCUGAACUGCUUGAAACAUCUGGUUUGCAGUCCAGCGAUUACUUCCAUAACUUGGCUAUGUCACUAUGUAAUGCGUUUGCAUAAUGCCCGCCUAAGGGCUGCUUUAAGGUGAAACUCGUUUAUGGUGAGCGUUACAUUUCUGCCACAAGCUCAAAGCGGUUGACCAAUCACCACAGAUACGGCAGACUGGGCUUUUUGGAAAGGGGGGUUUUAAAGAGACAAGCAAAAACGAAGCGUUUCAGAUAGAGGGUGAAAAGAGGUGCUGCAGCAAUGUACAGAAUGGGAAUUAUUUUUAUUUUUUAUUUUUUUACAUUUAAAGCAUGUAAUCCUCUUCCAGUAGACCCCCAAAAUUAAAUUCUGAACCUGUAAAUGAGCAGAAUAUGGACUCUUUAAAAGAUAGACAUCAGUUGAACUCCAAUUUCUAAUUAUGACAAUUAGAGAUGUUUUUCUAAUAAUUAAAAUUAUGUCCUAAUUUUCUACAAAAAGCCUGAGGGUAGAUUCUGUCAGAGCACAUUGAAGGAGCGCCCACAAUGACAUCAUAAUUUAAAUCUGUUCUGAUUUAGCAAGGUUAUGCAGUGUGAAACAUUUAGGUAUUUGUUUGUUUUAGGGGGAUUACCACUAUAGUAAACCUAAAUAUUAGGCCAGCCGAGACAUUUCUUUAAAGUGUCCUUGGCACACAACAAGAGACAAGUUGUCUUAGAAGAUUUGAAAUCCUGAGUUAGAGGUUAAUCUCUUGAAAAAUGUUUGAUGAUAAUUGACUGCUUUAAAAGAAUUUAACUUUCAAAUAAAAAAUGUCCAAUAUUUGUAUGGCAUUGAAUUUUAUAAUAUCUGUACAAUAAUAUAUAAUAUUUUGUGAUAUUUUGCACAAGUAAUGCACAGAAUUUUGUAUCUUGAACCACAAAUGUAUAAUCUUUUCAUUGCAUUGAUUAGUGUAAGACACUUCAAUCUAACAUAUUACUUUUCUCACACAAAUGUAUUGUUUUCUUUAAGUAUGAUACAAGUGGUUGCAAUGUAAUUGACUCAAAAUGAGGUCUUUGCACAUUGCCGAAAACAUUUUCAAAAUCUGUAUACUUGCAAUUUAAUAAAACAUUUCCUCUUG